ACACUUUUUCUGCAUUGAAAUUCGCAAUCUUUUAUCGAGCAAUCAAAAACCAUUUUCACUCUGAUUUCCUCUGUUUUUUUAUCCUUUAUUUCAAUCCCCAGAUCCUUUCCUUGACCUGAGAGUCAAUUUAAUCUCCUAAUCCUUUGUCUCGCUAUUCAAAGUUUAAAGAUUUCGAGCUUUUUACCCCCUUUUUCCAUGGCAGAAUUGGAGGAUAUUAGAGCUGAUAUUAGUUCCGAUAUUGAAGUGGAUGACUUGAGGUGUGAAAAUAUAGCGGAGAAAGAUGUCAGUGACGAAGAGAUUGAAGCUGAUGAAUUGGAGAGACGAAUGUGGAAAGAUCGUAUCAAACUCAAAAGGAUUAAGGAAAGACAGAAGAUAACUGCCCAACAGGCUGCGGAAAGGCAAAAGUCGAAGAAGACCUCUGAUCAAGCUCAGAGGAAGAAAAUGUCCCGAGCUCAAGACGGGAUUCUUAAGUACAUGUUGAAGCUAAUGGAAGUUUGCAAAGCCCGGGGAUUUGUCUAUGGCAUCAUUCCAGAAAAGGGUAAGCCUGUAAGUGGUUCGUCAGAUAAUCUAAGAGCUUGGUGGAAAGAAAAGGUGAAGUUUGAUAAGAAUGGGCCUGCAGCCAUAGCCAAGCAUGAGGCGGACUGUUUAGCUAUGAGUGAGCCAGGUAAUGGUAGAAAUGGAAAUCAACAUACCAGUCUCAAAGACCUUCAAGACGCUACUCUUGGAUCCCUCUUGUCUUCUUUGAUGCAGCACUGUGAUCCCCCUCAGAGGAAGUAUCCCUUAGAAAAGAGAAUUCCUCCGCCUUGGUGGCCUACUGGAAAUGAAGAUUGGUGGGUAACACUAGGGCUACAACAGGGUCAAAGUCCUCCUUAUAAGAAGCCACAUGAUCUUAAGAAGAUGUGGAAAGUUGGAGUGUUAACAGCUGUGAUAAAGCACAUGUCGCCUGAUACCGCCAAGAUCCGGAGGCACAUACGUAAGUCAAAAUGUUUACAGGAUAAGAUGACAGCAAAGGAGAGUGCAAUUUGGUUGGGGGUCUUGAGCCAAGAGGAAGCUCUGAUUCGGCAACCUAUAAGUGAUAAUGGAACAUCUGGCAUAACUGAAAUGCCCCGAGUUGGACAUGGUGAUAAGAAUCAACCUGCUCUCAGUAGUGACAGUGAUUAUGAUGUUGAUGAUGGAGUAGGUUCAGUGUCUUCCAAAGAUGAGCAGAGAAAUCAACCGAUUGUUGCCGAGCCUGUGGCUUAUAUCAGCAAUGAUGAUUCCCAUCCAUUACAACACAAUGAGAGAGUGGAAAAACAACCUAGGAAGAAGAGACCUCGUUUAAGAUCAAGCGAUGGUCAUCAAGAACGCAUGCCAAACCAUGGUGAUCAACCACCUAUGCCAACCUAUGGUGAUCAACAAACUAUGCCAACCCAUGGCGAUCAACUACCCAUGCCAAUCCAUGGGGAUCAACAAUCUAUACAAAGUGAUGGUGAUCAGCAACCUGUGCCUAACCAUGGUGAACGUGUAAAUGCCAAGUCAAUAAGCACUUUGCCUGACAUCAACCAAACCGAUGUAUCAUUCAUGGAAUAUCAUAUGCCUGCCACUCAGCAGGAAAAUGAUGCAAGUACAGCGUUGAGACAUGUGGAGGAAGGUUUAGAUGUUCAGCCACAUCUACCUGCAAAUAGAUACUGCCAUUAUCCCGCCAUUCCUUGUGCUACUGAGAUUUCCACACAGAGCAUGUAUGUAGAUGGAAGGCCCAUGCUCUUUCCGUUAGUGCAGCAUGCUGAGCUGCACCAUGGUUCUACAUGUGAGUUUUAUAUUCCAUCGGCUGAAUUUAGGCCUGGUAAUGAUGGUCAUCAAACUCAGAUGGAGAUGAUUGUACCAACACAUAUUAGGCCAGAAAAUGGUGUUGAUGUGUCAGCACCGGGUAGAAAUGAACAUGAAAUUGCUGGGGGGGAAUUGCAUCACCUAUUGCAUAAUGAGCAAGAUCGAGCUGUUCAUAAUCCCUUUGCUUCUCCAACAAAUGAUCCGUCAUUUUUUGGUGGAUUUCACAGCCCCUUUGAACUCCCAUUUGAUGGUACAAGUUCACUAGAUGAACUACUUGACGAUGACUUGAUACAGUACUUUGGUGCUUAGGUUGGGAAAUUUGAGAUUCCAGGGAAUAGAUUGCAAGUAAAACCUUUCCUCUUUAACUCCUGUUUCAUUUAUGAAUGAUUCAUAAUCUGGUCUCAAACACAUUGUUUGGUGUCAGUUCUGCAGGAACUGCAAACGUAUGCAUUCAUUACUGACUUGGACGGAGGAAUUUCUCUUAUUAAUUUGUCUUUCCUCUACAGGUGUUAAACAAUUCGAGCAUUCAAUGAUUGUAAGUCAUGUUCAUCUUGUUUCAAAGAAGGAAAACAAGAAUAUUACUUUUUGUAUCUCAUUCCCAACUACCUCUGAAUGGUAAUUGCCAUGAAAGGGUUUAUGUCGAUGUGUGAGUUCUAGAAAGUGUCCAUACUACAAACUAGUGAUAUUUCUCAUGUUUUCGUUGGAAAAAAUAAUUCA